AUGAGUGAAGAUGAACAACUCAACAUUUGUAAAAAGAUGUUUUACGGAGGAUUUGCUUUCCUGCCAUUACUUUGGCUGGUCAACUUUCUUUAUUUCUUUAAUGUUAGUAGAAAACCAAACGCUUCCAAAGAGUUGAAAAAAUACAUUUAUCUCUCUCUUUCUGGAUGCGUAAUGUGGUUUAUCAUUUUAACGACAUGGUAUGGUGUCUUUGUGAAUAAAAGAAUAGGUUGGGGUCUGAUGGCGGAUCGAAUUACUGUGGUGAUACCGAAAGGGCUCUAA